AUGGACCUGCUCUCAGAUGUAUGGAGUCAGGACUACUGGCUUCCUCCAGGUGUGACCUGGAAAGACAUGGAACAGUUAGCGGACUCUGACCAGCCGCAACCCCAGGACCUUCUUAUAGCGCUGCCCCUUGCACUAGGCUUUGUCGGCCUACGCUGUAUAUUUGAGAGGUUUUUUGCCCCACCCAUGGGCAGAUGUUUGGGGGUGAAGAAUAGAUUGCAAAUGACUGCUCCCCCCUCCCCAAAGCUGGAGUCAUUUUACACCAAGCAGAGCAGACAGCCGACACAGAGUGAAAUUGUUGCUCUGAUGUCGCUGUGUGGAAAAACACAGAGGCAGAUUGAGACCUGGUUCCGCCUUCGCAGGAACCAGGACAGGCCCUGUCAAACCAAGAAGUUUGGUGAAGCUGCGUGGAGGUUUUUUUUCUAUAUCACAGCCUUCAUGGCUGGACUGGCAUGUUUGAUUGAUAAGCCGUGGUUCUGGGACCGCAGGGAAUGUUGGAGGCAAUACCCAGUACAGCCCAUGGAGAGAGCUCAUUACUGGUACUACAUGCUGGAGCUGGGUUUUUAUGGCUCUCUGCUGCUCCGCAUCUCUGUGGACAUCAAAAGAAAGGAUUUUAGGGAACAGGUGAUCCACCAUCUGGCCACCAUCUUCCUGCUCAGUUUCUCCUACUGUGCCAACUACAUUCGCAUCGGCACCUUGGUCAUGCUGCUUCAUGACUCCUCUGACAUCCUGCUAGAGUCUGCCAAGAUGUUUAACUACGGCACUGGCUGGAGGAAAACAUGUGACAUGCUCUUUGUUGUGUUUGCUGUGGUGUUCCUUGUGACAAGACUGGUGAUUUUCCCCAGCAAAAUCAUCCACACCACCCUUGUGCUGUCCAUGGAGGUCUUUGAACCCUUUGUCGGCUACUACUUUUUCAACGUCCUGCUAAUGGUGCUGCAAGCUCUUCACAUCUUUUGGGCUGGACUGAUUUUGCGCAUGGUCUACAAGUUCCUGAAAGGAAAGCUGGAAAAAGAUGAACGCAGUGAUGAAGAGAGUGAGGUUGAGGAAGAAGAGGAGGAUAAAGGAGGGGAAGAAAGUGCUGAUCAAGAAGGAGAUUACAGUUGGGAGAGAAGUAAAGACACCCUGAACUCUAAACUGUCCAUGUUGACCAACAGUUGUGUCCUUAAUAACUUGACCAACCACAGGGCUUCUGUAGCUGACAGAAUGCGUAAAGCUCAAUAA